UUCAGUCGCCUCGCUACACCGGCUCCGGGUUCGAUUCCCGGUCAACUAAUUUGAUUUAAGUCUGCUCUCUCGCUUCAUAGCUCGAUUGCCGAUGACUCGUGUUGAUGUUAACAAUAAGUUGAUCGGUUUUUAAUUGAUUGUGUCAGUCUUGGUUGAUUCGCGCGUCUUGAGUGGUUUGACGGCAUGUCGCAGAUCUGAAGGACAACCAACUCCACGAUGCUGCAGGGCAUCUCCCGGCCGGAGCAGGGGCUGCUGCCACCCCAUCACCACCAAAGUCUGGGGCACCACACCCUGGGCCCAACAUCGGGCUGGCCGUCAUCUCAGCCAGAUGAUCUACCACACAAAGGACUGAACUACAUCUCUGAGGGUCAUAGCGGUGUGAACCAGCUAGGUGGGGUGUUUGUCAGUGGACGUCCCUUACCCGACUCUACUCGCCAGAAGAUAGUGGAGCUAGCCCACAGUGGAGCCAGGCCCUGCGACAUCUCCCGGAUACUGCAGGUCUCCAACGGCUGCGUCUCCAAGAUACUCGGCAGGUACUACGAGACCGGCUCCAUCAGACCCCGAGCCAUCGGCGGCUCCAAGCCUCGGGUGGCCACGGCCGAGGUGGUGUCCAAGAUCUCGCAGUACAAGAGGGAGUGUCCGUCCAUCUUCGCCUGGGAGAUCCGGGACAGACUGCUAGCGGAGGCGGUGUGUACCAACGACAACAUACCCUCUGUGUCUUCCAUCAACAGGGUGCUGAGGAACCUGGCUGCCCAGAAGGAGGUUCAAGUCUCCUGCGCUGUCUCACCUUCAACUGACUCUGUGUAUGACAAGCUGAGGUUACUCAACGGCCAAGCCUCGUCCUGGCCCAGACCAAACCCUUGGUACCCCACCGCAGGUGGUAGUCCGUUCCCGCCACUUCAACCGCCCAGUGUAAGUCCGUCAAUCAUGACUGAACUGCCAGACCUACCCAUCAAAAAAGCCUGCGAGGUGGACGGCGUGCCCAGUGACGAGACCUGUACCUCAGGCGGGGACAACUCCAACCCAGGGUCCUGUGGGGCGGAUGACGACCAGGCACGGCUGCGGCUCAAGAGGAAGCUGCAGCGAAACAGAACCUCCUUCACCAACGACCAGAUUGACAGUCUCGAGAAAGGUACAACAGAGUUCGAGCGGACCCACUACCCGGAUGUGUUCGCCCGGGAAAGGCUUGCCGCCAAAAUUGGACUUCCAGAAGCAAGGAUACAGGUUUGGUUCUCGAACCGCCGAGCCAAGUGGAGACGCGAAGAGAAGCUCCGUAACCAACGGAGAGGCGACCCCCAGGCUCCCGACCCUCUGGACAGGUCUUCGCCCUCCAGGAUCACACCCGGGGGCUUCAACAACUCCAUGUACCCAGCCAUACCUACACCGAUCUCCAUGCCAGGGGACUCCUACAGCCCCAUGUCGUCGAUGCCCAACUUCAGCAUGGGUGGCACAGGUGGCGGCCAGGGUCUAGGGUCUCCGGGACCCGCGGCGUGUCUCCAGCAGAGGGACUCCACGCCGUACCCCUGCAUGUCGCGGUACGAGCCCCUCAGUCUCCAGGGCUACGGUCCGCCCAAACACUCUCCUUGCAGUCCCUCCCAGGGCUACCAGACCCACCAGUACCCGCCCAACUCUUCCAGCUCUACAGGUCUGAUAUCUCCGGGAGUUAGUGUUCCCAUAGCAGUUCCAGGCCAGGAUAUGUCUGCCCAAUAUUGGCCUCGUCUGCAGUGACCCUGGUGGACAUAAGCUUCUCGACUCAGCUGAAAACGUGAUGGUUCCACGGCAUGACAGCUGAUAACGUGAUGGUUCCACUGUAUGACAGCUGACAACGUGAUGGUUCCAAUGCAUGACAGUUGACAACGUGAUGGUUCCACUGCAUGACAGCGGACAACGUGACGGUGCCAUGGCAUGACAGCUGACAACGUGAUGGUUCCACUGCAUGACAGCUGGCAACGUUAUGGUCGCAGCAUGAGAGCUGGCAACGUUAUGGUCGCAGCAUGAGAGCUGGCAACGUGAUGGUUCCACUACAUGACAGCUGACAACGUGAUGGUUACACUACAUGACAGUUGACAACGUGACAGUUUGACUGCAUGACAGCUGACAACGUGACGGUGCCACGGCAUGACAGCUGACAACGUGACGGUCCGAUGGCAUGACGGCUGGAAAAGUCAAAACCUCACUAUCAGCUGGCUCUAUUUGUGAUACUUUUGUAACCCAAAAAACAUUUUUCUCCGAUGUAGUUGGUUAUACAGCUGUGAGUUUCAAAAUUGAAAGAAACCUUCUAUUAGUCCUGUAUUAUAUAGUCUUAGUGUGAUAUCCGAUUACAGAUUAGAAAUCUCUUGUCGCACAGUAUGAGUGUAUGUUUAUCCAUUCAUAUUUUGCAAACUUAUACUUUUAAGUAACUUUUAGAAUUUUUUUCUUAUUGACAUUACAUUAAGUCUUUGCCUCAAAUGUCUGAAAAGAAAACCCAAACUUCAAGUUCAUCACAUUAGUCAAAGCACUUAUAAGACUUAAGAGACAAAUAUGUCAGGGUAGAUAGUUUUUAAAUGCAAUGUUUACAGAAGUGAUUUUGGCGGACAAAUAAAAUAUUGUACAUUUAUUUAUUACAUUCCAAUGUAAGGCAUAUUUUAAGAAAGGUAAAAUUAAAUCGCAAUUCUGAAAAAUUGUCAGGGCGUUAAAGAGGUAUCUUUGUAUUACAGAUCUAUCUCCAUUCUACCUGACUUGUUGGUGCUGGUAUAACUGUGUAUUAUGUAAAUAUUUUGCACAAAACUGUGUUCUAAUGAUCUCUACCUUAGCAAGUUGACUAUAUCUUUAUAGAUAACAUGAUUUCCAACCUACCUGGAAGAUAAUCAGAAUUCAAACAAUAUCAAACACUCUAGGAUUGCAAACUCAAAUAGCUCUAAUACGAUUUUUAUAUGUAAGAGCUAAUGUUGUAUUUAUUGUUUGUGAUAUAGAAUUACAAAUAUGUGCCUCCCUCCUGUCCAAAAUCGAUUAGUUUUUAACAAAUUCGUUUUAAAAUGUAAAAUAAAGAUACGAAAAAGGACUACUACGCGCCUGUAGCGUUGGCUUGACUGUAGCUGUGGUUAUAAUAAAUUAUGUCUUGUUUAUAUAUGUAUUGUAUUUAUUAUUGUAUAGUUUCAUGACUGCAUCUAUGAGCUCUGUCGAAAGUACAAAUUCCAAAUUACUUGGCCUAACUAGUUUCGUUGAAAGUGAUUUACUUCUAAAUAAAACGCAUGAAUGGUUUGAUAAUAAUUUACUUACACGCCUUUCUUUUUCCUAUACUUCAUCACCCUUCAGAAAACUGUAACAAAAGGCUACGUGAAGAGGUGUAGUUUAUUUUGAGUAUAAACAUUAUUAAUUAAUUUUAAUAUCUAGGAUAUUUACCUACAUUGUAAAACACGUUAAAAGCCAAGCAAUUAUAUGUUGUCACACUUUCUAACCUCAUCAAAACAAAUUACUAUUCUGAACUAUGUAAAUAACGUCUAAGGACUAAGUUGAACUAGUACUGUACUGUAUUGUUGGAUAUUAGGAGGAAAGUUCGGCCGUUUUCUAAUUCUCACCACAUUAACUGAUCACCCAGCGCACCUAGCAAGUUCUGCAAUAUGUAUAUAAUGUACUGUAACUGUCUAGCAUGUAUGACAUGACCCUGUAUAGCGUAGGUUCUAUCUUGUUCCGAGUAUCUGUUGAGUUGUUUUUAAGUUUGUGUGAUGUAAUA